GUGGACGACGAGGCCAUCCCACCCUUUUACUUUCCCAACUCCCGCACAAUCAAACCACCAACCCCACCUUUCCCUUCUUUACCCUUUCAAAUCAAACUCUGAAAUCUUCAAAAUCUCUGCAUUUCCAAGUCUUAGAGGUGAAGAAGCAGACCGGCCUCUGACUCUCCUCCGACGACAAUGGCUGGAGACAAAAAGGUUUAUACUUUGGCUGAGGUCUCAUCUCACAGUGAUCGCAAGGACUGCUGGCUUGUCAUCGAUGGAAAGGUGUAUGAUGUAACAAAAUUCUUGGAGGACCAUCCUGGUGGUGAUGAGGUCUUAUUGGCAGCCACAGGAAAGGACGCAAGUAAUGAUUUCGAAGAUGUUGGUCACAGUUCCACUGCUAGAGCAAUGAUGGACGAAUUUUACGUUGGAGACAUUAAUUCAGCAUCCAUCCCCGCAAAGAGGAUGUACACUCCUCCCAAGCAGCCUCACUACAACCAGGACAAGACAACUGAUUUCGUCAUCAAACUCCUCCAGUUCAUUGUUCCUCUGCUAAUUUUGGGCUUAGCCUUUGGCGUCCGCUUCUACACCAAAUCAUCAACGGCAUAAACGUAGAAGCCGAAGGAGAAGCGAGAAUGCUUUCGAAUAAGUUUAUGAUGGGGUCGCAAAGACCCUUUGUUAGUUUUUGGGUUUGGAAAUGUUGUUGAUGAAGGGAUGUUAGGAUGUAUUUGACUUCUUUCGGGAAUGAGUUUAAGCCUUCUCUUUCAAACUUCA